AUGGGCAUCGGUAGCUACUUCAAGGCUGACAAGCCUGAGGCUCCUCGCGGACCCAGCCCACCCCAGGCCGGCCGCGCAAACCAAGCUCCUGUGGUGUCUGAGAAGGGUUCACCCCAGCAGGGAAGCUCCAACGAUAUGGAACUCCAACCGCCUACUCCCCGAUACAACUCUCGCCCUCAGUCCAUCUCCGGCCGUUCGACACGAUCUAACGGCAGCUCCAUGUUCCUCGACGACAUCAAGCACGAGGUCAUGGUCAACUACCUCUACCAGCAACAAUGCUCCCACUUGUGGGUGAGCGACGGAUCCGGUGAGAUCGAGGGUGUUCUUCUGCGAAAGGCCAGGGGCCAGUACAUGGCCUGCCCUCCGCAGUUGGGCAACUCGCCCUUCGCCAUGGCUUGCGCUGCUCUCAAUGUUCAGUGCGCCAUGACCGUAAACUCCCGUGUCAUCAAGACCUUCCUUCAGUGGACUCCUGACGCUGUCGAUGUGCCUCUGAUGAACGGUCUGCGGGUCCAGAUUCUGCCCACCAUCGAGGACCUGCCGAGGGCAAGGAAGCACCAGUUUGCUGCUUUUGUCGCAUCAGAAGGUCUUUUGAUUGUCUGGGACGACGACGCACUGCACCUUGUCCAGAGAGCCAAGGCAAUUGAGUCAGAGCUCAUGGAGCUGGUCUGGAAGGCUGGCGCUGAUGAUGAAGAUGGUGAUGAAAAGAAGGGACCCAACGUUGCCGACUAUGAGAUCGACGAGGAGAGUGGUGAGAUCAAGCCGGAGAAGCGACCUGUUCACCUCCUCAACACUUACCUGGUUUCCAUCACUCUUGUUCUCGUCACUGUUUCUCUCGGUGCUGCCUGGAGACAGCUCGCCAUCGAAGUCUCCGUUGAUGGAGAGUACCUUCGUCUGGCUCUCAUAGCCCUCUUCCCGGUUCAGAUCUUCUUCACUCUCUUCUUCGCGCAGGUCAUUGUCGGUUGCUUGGCCCAGAUCUUCGGUCCUAUUCGUCAAUUGUCCAUCAACUCCAAGUUCUACUCCGCACGCCCUCCCCCAAGGCUGCAGAACUCGGUUCUUCCUCACAUCACUGUCCAGUGCCCUGUGUACAAGGAGGGUCUGAGCGGUGUCAUUGCACCCACGGUUAAGUCCAUCAAGCAGGCCAUGUCCACCUACGAGCUUCAGGGAGGCUCUGCCAACAUGUUCAUCAACGAUGAUGGUAUUCAGCUGAUUUCCGAGGAGGAUCGUCGCGCCCGCAUUGAGUUUUAUGCCGACCAUAGCAUCGGCUGGGUCGGCCGCCCCAAGCACGGAGAGGACGGUUUCCUGCGUCGCGGCAAGUUUAAGAAGGCCUCCAACAUGAACUACGCCCUCAUGAUUUCCAUCAAGGUUGAGGAGAAGCUGCAGCAGAUCAACCGCCCUCCCGAGUGGACUCAGCACGACGAAGCCCAGGCUUAUGAGCAAGCCCUCAAGGAAGUUCUCGAAGCUGACGGCCGUGCCUGGGCUGACGGCAACAUUCGUGUUGGUGACUACAUCCUCAUUAUCGACUCUGACACUCGUAUCCCCGCCGACUGCUUGCUUGAUGCCGUUUCCGAGAUGGAGCAGUCCCCUGAUGUUGGCAUUAUGCAAUUCUCUUCCGGUGUCAUGCAGGUCGUCCACACUUACUUCGAGAACGGCAUCACCUUCUUUACCAACCUCAUCUACUCCGCUAUUCGAUACACCGUCUCCAAUGGUGACGUCGCCCCCUUUGUCGGUCACAACGCUAUCCUCCGCUGGAGCGCCAUCCAGCAGGUCGGCUACUUUGAUGAGGAUGGUUACGAGAAGUUCUGGUCCGAGUCUCACGUGUCUGAGGAUUUCGAUAUGUCGCUUCGUCUCCAGUGCAACGGUUAUAUCAUCCGAUUAGCCGCAUGGGCUGGCGAGGGUUUCAAGGAAGGUGUGUCUCUUACCGUUUACGACGAGCUCGCCCGUUGGGAGAAGUACGCAUACGGCUGCAAUGAGCUUCUGUUCCACCCUAUCCGCACCUGGCUCUGGAGAGGUCCAUUCACCCCUCUGUUCCGCAAGUUCCUGUUCAGCAACAUCCGUUUCACUUCCAAGAUCACUGUCGUUUCAUACAUUGGUACUUACUACGCUAUCGGCGCCGCCUGGAUCAUGACGUCUGUCAACUACUUCCUCAUGGGCUGGUACAAUGGAUACCUUGACAAGUACUAUGUCGACUCGUGGCAGGUUUGGUUCUCCAUCAUCAUCGUCUUCAACGGUCUCGGAAACGUUGCGCUCGCUGUGAUGCGUUACCGUGUCGGUGAGAAGAGCUUGCUCUGGGCUUUCUUCGAGAACAUCAAGUGGACCUUCCUCCUCGCCAUCUUCCUCGGUGGUCUUAGCUUGCACGUCAGCCAGGCUCUUCUGGCUCACAUGUUCGAGAUCGACAUGACGUGGGGUGCGACAUCCAAGGAGGCCGAGUUCUCUAACUUUUUCAUCGAAGUGCCAAAGGUUUUGAAGAAGUUCAAAUUCUCCAUGCUCUUCUCUUGCGUUUUCAUCGCUGGCAUGAUCAUUCUGGCAGUUGCGCCAUUCGUCCCUCACGACUGGCGCAUUACCGACUUCGUUGCCAUCCUGCCGAUGGCCACCGUCUCUGCCAGCCAUCUCCUCUUGCCCAUCGCACUCAACCCUGCGCUAAUGACCUUCUCGUGGUAA